GAUAUGAUUUGAGGGGAAAUUAAUUUCACCUUGAAGCAUUUCAAGAUACUGAAGAAAAUGUUUGCUUGAUACACUCAGAGUUUAUUCAUUGUUAUGUGUUUAAACUAAAUGCAAAGAUAAUAUUGGUGUGCUUGGAUUUACUCAUUUGAUAAGGAAGUUGUGUUCAUUAGAAACUUGAAAGCCAUUGGUUCAGACUGAAAAACCCUCCGACUGCACUAACUGACAUGGUGGAAGCCUCCGGUCAACAAUUUCCUGGGACGUAUAGGAAAUGAAGACAUAUUUAUACAGCACGUCUUCUGUUAUUGCUUUAUCAAUCUGACAUGCAACUUAUGAUGCCAUACAAUCAGAAGCUUGCCUGUUUUUGUAGUUUCUGAUAAUUUAAUAUAAAACAGGAAAGCUGUGAGCCAUAUCAGGAACAAUACCUUGAUUAGCUGAUCAAAGGAACAAGAGCCUUGGACUGCUUCUGUAGUUGACUUACUGGUGUUUGUAUUGGAUAUUGAAGCCUUAAUUGCAAUAAGCCUGACAACUAAUUGGCUUUGGAAAUAAGUGAUUCUAUUUUAUAUGAAAUCAGUACUGAAGCAAGAUGACAGCUCUGUUGAAUGGUUAAACUUAAAGGCUCUUGCUUAACAAGACUUAAUGCUGGAUUAAAAAAAAAGUUUUUGAUUAAAAAGAUUAGGAAGUACAAAAAAACAACAACUGAAAUAGAAUACUAUUAGUGAGACUUAAAAAAGGAAUUUUAACAAAAGACAGGAUAUUCUUAUUUAAAAAGUUUGAGAAAAUGCUGACAGAGUAUUUAUUUCAAAAAUCAAACUUAACACACUUUAUGUAAUGUGCCUUGGAAAAAAUCAAUUUGAAGAACAUCAAUUGAAGCACUUACUGAAGUCACAAUAAACAACAAUUGCAACAGCAACAACAGCAAUAAUGUUUCGGAUGUAUGAUCAGUACAGUUCGGAGAUCAAGUUCUCGGAGCUGCCCAACCCAGAGGAAUUAUGGGAGCUCCAGGACCUGAUUGGGGAAGGCACCUAUGGGGAGGUGUACACAGCUAAAAAUAGAAACACAAAUGAAGUUGUGGCGGUGAAGAUCAUGGAGUCCAUCCAUGAGGUGAUAGAAGAGAUAGAGGUUGAGUACAAGAUCCUACGAGACUUCAACGAUCACAAGAACAUGCCCCAGUUUCAUGGACUGUAUCUGAGGAUGGGGGAGAGUGGGGCGGACGAUCAGCUGUGGAUGAUGAUGGAGUAUUGCUCGAGGGGAUCAGUAACUGACCUGGCAAAAAGUCUGGUGGAAAAAGGGCAGAAAAUGGAUGAACAACUCUUGGCUUUCAUAUUAAAAGAAACCAUAUCUGUGCUGCAUUUCCUUCAUAAAAAUCACAUUGUACAUCGUGAUGUUAAGGGACAUAAUAUCCUUUUAACAGAAAAUGGAGGCAUAAAAUUAGUGGAUUUUGGGGUCUCUGGGGAGAAUUCCUCCACAUACGGGAGAAAGAAGACAUCAGUAGGAACCCCAUACUGGAUGGCCCCCGAGGUGAUAGCGUGCGAGAGACAGUUGGACUACUCAUACGACAUUCGCUGCGAUGUGUGGUCAUUGGGCAUCACUGCUAUAGAGCUCCUUGACGGACAGCCACCAAUGGCAGACAAACAUCCAAUGAGAGCCCUGUUUAAAAUUCCCAGAAAUCCCCCACCCACAAUGAAGCACCCAGAACAAUGGUCAGAAACAUGUAAAGACUUCAUAUCCAGAUGUCUGACGAAGGAUUAUGAAGAGCGACCGUACAUUUGGGAUUUUCUGGAACAUCCCUUCAUCAAGCAGAUUCCUGAGGAUACUAAAGAGCUGCGAGACCAGUUAGUUAAGCUUUCCUCAGAAGUGGAACGAGUUGUCAACGAACCUGACGUUACCACAAAGCAGGGACGUUUGAAGUCGCGUCGAUCAAAACUCGGAGCACCUGCCACGACUGAUGAUCUCACACAUCUGGAGAUUCUAGACGAGGAAUCUAUUGUAGCGCAAUUGUACACACGUUAUGGCCAGGGUCUCAUCUACACUUAUAUUGGUGACAUUCUCCUGGCCGUGAAUCCUUUCUCUCCCAUGACGAUCUACAAUGAGGAACACUCUCAUAGGUACAUGCAUGCAGCCAAGGGGGACAAUCCUCCGCAUAUCUUCGCCAUCGCAGACCAGGCAUACCAGAUGAUGGUCCAUCAGAAAAAACAUCAGUGCAUCGUUAUCAGUGGGGAGUCGGGGGCAGGCAAGACGGAGAGUGCAAACUUCCUUGUUCAGCAGCUCACACAACUUGGAAAGGCCCCUAAUCGAAACCUUGAAGAGAAGAUCCUGCAGGUUAACCCCUUGAUGGAAGCCUUUGGAAAUGCCAAAACUGUCAUCAAUGACAACUCCAGCCGCUUUGGAAAAUACCUGGAGAUGUUCUUCACACAUGCAGGAACUGUCACUGGGGCCAAAAUCACAGAAUAUUUACUGGAGAAGUCGAGAGUUAUCUUUCAAGCGCAAAAUGAGCAGAAUUUCCACAUCUUCUACUAUGUCCAUGACGGACUACCAUCAGAAGACAAGAUUCACAAGUUUCACUUGAAGGACAAUGUGAAAUUCCGGUAUAUCAGUGAUCACACGACCUCCUCUCCUGACCAUGUGACAAUGUCUUCCAAUCGGGUCAAGUUCAAGGCCAUUCAGCAUUGCUUCGAUAUAAUAGGAUUUAAGCACGAAGAGGUAGAGUCUAUAUUUGGCGUGAUAGCAGCCAUAUUGCAUACUGGGAACAUUGACUUCCUGGAGAAAGCCUCUGUGACUCACACUGCAGAUGGAGUGGAAAUAGAAAAUACACAGCUUGUCAAUACAGUUGCCAAACUGCUUGGUCUGGAGUCCCGGGACCUGACGGAGGUGUUGACCACCACAGGCAUGGUGGCACGAGGGGAGGUAAUCAUCAGGGAGAACUCCAUGCACGAGGCCCUAGACGUGCGCGACGCCAUGUCCAAGGCCCUCUAUGGACGUCUGUUCAGCUGGAUCGUCAACAAGUGUAACGUCCUGCUGCAGCCCGAUGGUCAGCUGUAUAAGCAGGAGGAAAUCAACAUUAUCGGUCUGUUGGACAUAUUUGGGUUUGAAAACUUCCCCAGCAACUCCUUUGAACAGCUGUGUAUAAACAUUGCCAAUGAACAGAUCCAGUACUACUUCAAUCAGCAUAUCUUUGCAUGGGAACUGCAAGAGUACAAGAACGAGGGUAUAGAUGGAAAGGCAAUAACAUUUGUAGACAAUCGACCCCUGUUGGACAUGUUCCUGGUGAAGCCUAUGGGCUUAUUAGCCCUCCUUGAUGAGGAGAGCCACUUCCCCAAGGCAACUGACUGGACACUUGUUGAAAAGUUCCACCAAAACGUCAAAAGCCACUACUACAGCCGACCAAAGGCCACAGCCAGUCUGUAUUUCAGCAUUGACCACUACGCUGGGAAAGUUCGCUAUGAUUGCUCUGGCUUCCUGGAGAAAAACCGUGACCGUCUUCCUGUUGAAGUAGUGAACAUGUUGAGAGCAUCAGAAAACAGCGUUGUGAGAUCACUCUUCCAGACACCACUGACAAAGACAGGCAAUCUUGCCAGCGGUCACAUGUAUCCUCAUGCUGCUGCCAGCAGUGUAAGCUCCCCUACAAGCUCAGGCACUGGGAUGUCCUUUGCAUCGGUACAGAGCAUCCGUUCACAGGCCGCAUCAAGCAUGGGCGGAAGCCGGAUUUAUAGUGCUUUACAGAAGAACUUAGUUUCGGGCUCUUCAGCGACAUCAAUGACCCGGAUCCAGCAGACGGUGGCCACAUACUUCCGGUUCUCCUUAAUGGACCUCCUGGCCAAGAUGGUGGCUGGAUCCCCGCACUUUGUCAGAUGCAUUCGACCAAAUGAGAAAAACAUCCCGGAUAGCUUCGACUCCCAAAAGGUGACUACGCAGCUGCAAUACACCGGAGUCCUGGAGACCACCAGAAUUAGAAGAGAGGGAUAUUCACAUAGGAUUCCAUACGCAGAGUUUGUGAAAAGGUACUCUCUACUGACCUUUGGGCAUGGAAGGCAUCUGGGAGUGGACAGGCAAAGCUGUGAGAGACUUCUUCAUAGUAUUGGUCUGAAGGAUUGGGCCCUUGGAAAAACAAAGGUGUUCCUGAAAUUUUACCACGUUGAAAUGCUGGCUCGACGGUACGAGGAUGUUCAUCACAAAAUCGUGUUGAUACAGUCUGUGAUCCGAAUGCACCUGGCCAGGAAUAGAUACUACAAUUGGAAAUGGCAGCUUGAAAAGACUGCAAUUGUGUUACAGAAGUACACACGUGGUUGGAAGGUCAGAAAGCAUUACAGAAAUGUAUUCCUUGCGAGGAAAGAUGCUGCCAUUGUCAUUCAAAAAGUUUUCCGAGGGCAUGCGACAAGGAAACGAAUUUUACCAAAAUUAGCCAAAAAACGGAAGGCAGCAGUGGCAAUUCAGUCUCGGUACAGAGGGUAUCGGGCAAGAAAAUUGGUUGCUGUGAAAAAGCAGAUACGUGAUGAACAACGUCUGUUAGCCGAGAAAGAACGAGAAGAACGUCUGCAAGCUGAGAAACAGCGGGAACAACGUCUGCUAGCCGAGAAAGAGCAAACCAAACAAGACGAGUUGGUAAAAGCGAAAGCAGCAGAAAUUGAAAAACGAAAGGAGUUGGAGAGUGUUUUGAAAAUACAGAAAGGUAAGGAAUUUUAAGAAUACUAUUUUUAGAAUAU